AUCAGCCUAGGUAGUCAUAUCCUUUACCAGCUCCUGAGGGAAACAUCACCUGGGACGAUGAUAGCAUUGAUCACGCUACUGCUGGCAGCCUUAGUUGCUGCAGAGCAGAAACGUUCAGCUAACCCAGAGCUCGGAGCCAUCCAUGGACUGGGAGGCCUGGGUUAUGGAGCAGGACUUGAUGGCGGAUUAGGCUAUGGAGCAGGUCUUGGUGGAGGAUUAGACCAUGGAUUAGGAUUGGGUGGCGGCCACGAGCUAGGCUUCAAUGCUGCAUUCGGUGGUGGGUUUGGGGGCUACGGCGGUCUCUUGGAUGCUGGUAGCUAUGCAAAUGGCUACAGCCACUCAAAUGGGUACAAUCAUGGAAAUUACCUUGGGCAUGGAAUCGGAGCCCAUGGCGGUCUCGCUCAUAGCCACCUUAUUAGCAAACGUAGUCCAGAAGAGACUGGUGUAGGAUAUGGAACUGGAGAAGCUGGUGAUCAAGGAUAUGGAAGUGCUGGAGCUGAAGGACUUGAAGCAGGCAAUGAGGAGCUUAGCUCAGGUGGAUAUGGAACUGAUGAAGCUGGUGGCGAUGGUGCUCUUGGAACUGGAGGACUUGGCUACGGUGGUCCUGGAACUGGAGAGCUUGGCUACGGUGGUCCUGGACUUGGAGGACUUGGCUAUGGUGGUCUUGGAGUAGGAGGACUUGGUUAUAAUGGCCUUGGUGUCGGAGGACUUGGCUAUGGUGGUCUUGGACUUGGAGGACUUGGGUAUGGUGGUCUUGGAGCUGGAGGACUUGGCUACGGUGGUCUUGGACUUGGUGGGCUCGGCCACGGUUUAGGAUUCAACGGUGCAUAUGGUGGUGGGUUUGGAGGCUAUGGUGGCCUCUUCAGCGCUGGCAAUUAUGCUAAUGGAUACAGCCAUUCCACUGGAUACAAUCAUGGAAACUAUCUUACUAAGGCAUUUGACGGCAAAGGAGAGAUUAUUCAUAGUCAUCAUAACGUAGGUAAACGCAGCGCAGAGCCUAAACCUGAAGUAGGCUAUGGGUCCGGAAGGCCUUUGUAUGGCUUAGGUUUGAAAAGAGGAUAUAGUAGUGGUUAUGGACGUUGAGGAGGUAAUUUUGCCAACGGAUACGCAAUUCAACAGGAUUUAAUCAUGAAAACUAAAUUGGACAUAUAAUUUGAAGGACUUGCCAUUUUAUCACAUACCUACAUUGCUGUUCACAUUAGCACUCGUCUACAAUAUGAUUCCAAAUUGCCAGUUUCAUCUUUGCUGUUCCAUUUAAGCCAUAUGUAAUGUUUCAGGAAACCAGCUGAAAAAUUUUAUUUUUGUUGUAAAUACAGUCUUUUAGUCUCAUCAACAA